AUGGACUCAGACUAUAUCAUGCCGAGGCCUAAACGGCAUCAUCUCUUAUUGUUGCCUCCGGAGAUACGUCUCCUGAUCUACAAGGCUGUGUUCGAGUACCAGGUGUACCCCAUCCGACGCAGACCAAUUCCCCUUCGAUGUCUUGUGGAUAAUCGGUGCCUGAUGGCCCAGCGAGAUCUGAUGGGAGACAUAUCACCACGCGUCUGCUCACACCCAGAAUGUCAGAGGAUCCAACAACAAACACUUGAUACCGAUAUAUACGUCGGAAAUGGCGUCCUGAUCGCGUCCAGCCACUACCCGUGCCCACAUUUUGCGAACUUCACAUAUUGCUUGAAGCAUUGGCAAGCUGACUCCCUCGCAAACCUAGCCUUCCGUAUCCCUCUACGACAGGGAAUGGAGACAUAUCUCGCGGAAUGGAACGAGACUUUAUCACUAGUCAGCCUCGGCUUCCCAGGCCUGUCCGCAAUCUCAAUCGAAAUACACGUACAGUAUCCCCCCUUAGCCUUGGGAGACACAUUCUGGGAUGCUAGUCUUCUAGAACUCGACCGUUUGAACCUCAAGGGCAUCAACCUGGUCAUUUACGAAGGCACUGAAACAGCAGCGAACAAUGUAUUCUUCAAAUACUCUGCCGGAACGUUACCCCGAUUAAUGGUAACGACCCCUGCACCCCCCGGCCUCCCCGUCAGCUUCCGUCAUGCCCGCGAUGCAUUGAGGCAUGAGAAAAAUGCCCCAGUCAACCACGGCCCAGGGCGUCUCUUCUUCCGCCUCUCCCCUAACCUGUUCCCCUUAUAUGUUCGCAGUCUGAUCCACCUGCUUCCGUGGCGGGGCUGGACACAAGGUGACGUCCGGCAGGAGGACCGAUACCAGCGAAUAGCGACCUAUGAGUACGCAUAUGCGAAUGACGAUGAGGAACAUCGGCGUCCGAUAUUUGGGUUCCAGUUUAAUCGCCAAUUGAAGGAUGAUAAUCAAUACAUCGCAAGAGGAUUGGCUAAACUGCGGGAAUCCCGCCAACGAUUGGAGCAAUUAUAUGAACGAGAGCCCCCAGAAUCGUGUAUCCCCCUGCGGAGGGGUAUUACUAAACCAAAGAAAGAGACGGAUCCUCGGUAUAGUCGGUACGCAUCGCUGCUGUCCGAUGCAGACGGUGGUACGAACUGCAGGGUGGAACGUCCAGGAGACUGGAGGCGACAACUGAUUGAGGAAAGCUACGCGCCAUUUAUCGAAUCGUUCCCAAUGUCCGUGGCGAGGAAGCUUCCGCAUCCGGAGAGCAAGUGUGCGAGCUGCCCAGAUGGGGAUAUAUGGCGGCUACGGAAUGGGGAACAAAAAAAAAGUGCCUGUGUGCUUGGGCGGAGCUGA